ACUCUAGCCGCCAAUUUCAGUUUUUCUUUUACAAUGGCUACCCAGUAUAAACUGAGCUCCUCACAAAGAGAUCGCGUAAAGAAGUUCAGUGCUAUUACUCGAAGUUCUGAUAAGGUUGCUAUUGACUGCCUUCAGAUGAGCAAUUGGAGGUUAGAACAGGCCGUAGAUUACUUCUACAGACAGAAUCCAACUCCUCAAGGACCCACUAUUAAUGAGGCGAAAAUUGACCAUCUGUUCCAGCGUUAUCGUGAUCCUCAGUGUCCUGAUCGCAUACUAGCUACAGGGAUGGAGCUAUUUCUUGUCACAGAUCUCCAUAUUGACCCAGAAAGUUUAAUCACUUUAAUCCUAGCUUGGAAGUUUUCAGCAAAGACCCAAGGAGAAUUUACUCGCGAGGAGUUUUUUCGUGGGUUCAGAGAGUUGGGGUGUGACUCAAUCAGUUCCUUGCGUAAUAAACUUCCUAGUCUAUUAAGUGAUAUAGAAGACAAACAAAAUUUUCGUUCUUUAUACUUAUUCACAUUUGGUUUCGCUAAUUUGGAUAAACAUGAAAGUAAAUCAUUAGGUAGGUUGAUUCUUGUCUUCUAUUCAUUUAAGUAACUUCUUAUGGUAGUUAUUGUUAAUGUUGUGUAUUCGUUUCAAAAUUUAUUCAUAGCGUCUCCCAUUAUAUUAAAGAUUUGAGCACUAAAAGUGAUUUCCCAAAAGGCACAAAUUACUGGCUACCAUCAGAUUGUAUUUCAAAAUGUUUCUCUACUUUUCUGUAAACUAGUUCUUUUGGUUCAAGAAUUGACCCUCCGAAAAAUCAUCUUCAGUUUAGCACCCGAAUGCCCUAGUACGGUCGAGAGUAGGAAGAGUCAGCUCUCCUUUUCGAAAUGCUGUCACAUGGUCACGCGUGUACAGCCACUGCCUACGCCUGAACAUCGAUUACCACGACGCGCAGUGCUGACUAGUGUUGGGAAUGGUUGGAAAAAAGUUAGGGACGGUCAAACCGAAACGUGCCAUCAGUGCUUGAAGUCACUAACUUCUAGUCUUAGCCAUGUUGGUAGAUGCAAACUACUUGGUUGGGGUCCGCAUGACUGUCGUAACCAAUGGUUGGAGACUCAAUGGCGUAGGUGUAUAUACAUUUUGUCUUCCCUUAAACUAUGAGAUUUAAAUUAUUUCAUAUCUUUCUACGAAAUAAUUCUUUCUUUCUGCACUAUAUCCUCACAUAAAAUCCUUCCUUUAUAGAUUACACAAUUGAGUUAACUGCUUCUAUGAAUCCGGUGCUCGUCUUGCUGUGCUAUAGAGGUGUGGCAACUUGGACCGAUGCAUGUAUAUGCCUGGUUCUACGUUGUAACUGACUGGCUGAGCCACUACCAGGGAAGUCCUACUCACUGCCUUCUCGCGGCGGGGCUGCUUACAAAAUUGAGAGGACGAAAAGCGAAUGUCCGGCGCUUUAACCGAGUUGGUGGACACGGAAGAUCCACCUAGGGGAGUUGAAAAACCCUCAUUCCAAACUAAUGGUGCACAUAAGCUCCAGGGUCCUGAGGAAACAAGGCAUAUGAACCAAUCGUUGGCCACCGGGUACCAUGGGACUGCAUCUCCUGAAGUUGCCCCACUGCCUUGUGGAUUAGACCUCUAGGUCGAAGGGUCAGGGAGUGGCCCCCUAAGAGAACCACCUGCUUCCGAGUAUCCUAGUCCUCACAUAAAUCAUUUGAUUUAUGUGGUGUAUAUCUAUUUGGUGCCUCCUUGUACCAAUGUUUGUGUUUAAAUACAUAAAUAAAAAUUAGAUUCACAUAUUGUAUCACAUUUCUUAUUCGGUUGAUGAUAAUCAUUGAAGAUAAUGAAUUUUUCAUCAUAUGCUCUUAACCUCAUAGAUCAGAAAACUAACAUUUCAUUAUAAGUUAAGGUAUUUUGUGUCACUUUAAUCUUCUACUUCGCUUCUUAAGAAUUUUAUCCUUUAACUCGGCAGCUCGGCUCUGAAGGUUCUGUCAAAUUUCGACUAUUGUAAAUCAAUAAAUGAUCAAAUUCCGAAACCACAUGUGUCGCUUAAACUCUUUCUUCAACGUUCAUACAUUAAUGUACAUCGAAUAACAAGCAGGUUUGGCUAUGACUCUGUAUAGGUCUCAAUACCAAGUUUGGACUUGAUAGUUCCAAAGAAAUUGACCAUUGGGUAGAAAGUUAAUGAUAAAUAUAUUUUUGUGAUAUCCCAAUGAGUAGAAAUUUGUAUUUCUGACGUUUCGUGACUUUACGUUAGUCACUUCUUCAAAGUAAAUAUUGUUUAUUUAUUUACUCGGGAAAAGUGACUUACAUUAAGUUAGAAAUACGUUCAAGUCAUCGGAAUAUUACAAAAACAUAUUUACUAUGUCUUAUUCAGUGUUCACUAUCACAACAACCUAUACUCAAAAUUCUAAUCAUGGACUACAAAUUCAUUUUUCAUCUGUAGAUAGGAAGAUUAUAUUGCAUAUAUGUGCUCAUCCGGUAAUCCUUGGGCAUUGGUAUCCCGUCCCACUGACCUCAUUGUUGCAUGGAGCCUCAGAACAGAGGUAACAUUUGAUCCUCGCUAAAAGUCGUCUAUAUGUCCUUAUGAUAAGCUGUUCGAUCUGUGUAAAAAUUUGCGUAUGUGAUGUGGAUUUCUCCUUUGGCCAAUAUUUCCUGCUAAUAUUUUUAUUUCUAUGUUAUAUUGUGAGCUACUCGUUAUUUUUCUUUACUAAUAUCUUAAAUUACAGUCCAUCUGUAAUUUAUCCUAAGUAUUUCAGCUUUUCAUGCUACUUAAAAUUUCACUCUUCCUUUCCAAACUACAUUCUUUGAAUUUUUCACUGUCUUUGAUAUCACUCUUAUCCACAUUUCUCUGAUUUUCGUCCUAUUGAUUUAAACCUCACUAUGUUAGGCCAACGCAUAUAUACACUAGGACACUCGUUGUGUAUGACUAACUUAAAGAUUGCUAACCAACCGUAAAACAGUUAAACUUACAUCCGAAUUUGUCCCAUAGUAGUUGAAAUAUCUAAUGCUUAAGUCAGCAGUUUGUGAAAUGAUGGUUAAGGUAAUCAACUUUAAACCACAAAGUUUUAAAUUAGAACCACGUUUCACCUACUAUUUUUGAACAACUAAUUAGCAUCACAUUUAGUAUGGCUCAAUGCCAAGUAUAUAAGCCUCUACCUAGUGAAUGGGUUAAUCUAAAUCAGUAAGCUACCAUUAUUUCCUUUUUUUAAUUAAACUUCUUUACCAGUAUUACUUCAUUGUGCGUGUAUUUGUUCAUAGUUCUUCAGUACGCUAUUCCCUACUGGGAAAUUCUUCUACGUGGUCGAUUUUGUCAUUUAUCCCUAUGGUUUAAAUUCCUUCAAGUAAGUCAUUUCAUAGACCAAUACAUUAAUUGAACAGUUGUUAGAUGUAUUUAAUUGACGGUAAAUUAAAGCGAAUUCUUUAAAUUUUCACAUUUUUUUAUCUACACUAUUAGUGAAUUGAAAUAUAUAUAAGUGGGACGUAAUGCAACUUGCUUAAUUCCCACUUUCCUAAUGUCUAAUUUGAGUAGUUGCUCAUAGUAUUUCCUAAAAGAAUUCAGUUCACCGACCACAAAAGAUACACGUUUUAUGUGAUGGCUAAUAUGAACACUAGAUUCUCAAAUCAAAAUAAUGAGUUUCAGCAUGAAAUUAAAAGGUUGAUAACUGAGUUGCUCAAUCAUUUAUCGACAACUGGAAGAGUUUCCAAUAUAAUAUUGGCUCUACCAACUAAAUCCACAUUGUUUAUUAAAACAUAUUACCAGUACCUCGGCCUAUAUUGUAAGCAGGUCUUGCAGAUAUAUUUCUUUUGUCUAACUACUUACUGAUGCAUUUUAAAUGGUUUCGACUAACAAACUUUUUUUCUAGUUUAUAAUUUGUGUUACUGUUGAGUAUGUAUACAUUCUCACCACUGAACACCCAAUUAUAUUGACUUACCGGUUUUUUUGUCUUGAUAUUUCUAGGAACAUCAUAAACGUCCAAUUUCUAAGGACACAUGGGACCUUCUUCUAGACUUUGUUGAAACAAUUUAUCCUGACAUGUCUAAUUACGAUGAAGAAGGUGCUUGGCCAGUACUGAUUGAUGAAUUCGUCGAAUGGGCAAAGCCUCAAGUUCAGAUGGAUAUUCCACUAACAAACCACCCAUGAUCUUAUCAUAUAAUUUCGCGAUGAUACUUAUUCUUUUUGAAAUAUGCAGCUAUGCUAACCUCACAUUAUUUUCAGUUAGAACAUUUGUAAAGCUCGUCUUAUCUUUCUUCUACAACUAUCUUUCUCUUCAGGUUUUCUCCCUAUCUUUGCAAAUUAUUUAGUUACGAAUAAACUCUCACUUUCAAUGUGUAGUCUGUUUGUGUAUUCAGUCAUGGUUCUCUCGAAAAUUUUAUUGGCAAUUAGCACCGGUGAAUUGAGGUAAAUUCACAUCGAAAUCUAUGUGAGACCAGUCUCAGUCCGAUUAACCGUAUGCUACAUCACUUUACUUCAUAUUUCGUACAUUAUUCAGAAUUUCGAGUCAAUAUUUUGUUGUCUUUCUUUUAAAGGUGUUCAGUUAUUGGCUAAAAGAUCAGUAUAUUAAACAACAUACACUUAAGAAUAUUAUUCUUUGUCGUUUGCUUUGUUAAACUUCCAGAAAGAUUAGUACUUCACAUAUGUACCUAGUAUACUUAGCACUUUGUUUUUCUACAAUGCUGUAGGUUAUUCUAUCAAACUACAGUGUUAGUGCCAACUAAUAUUUCAAUCUGUUGAUGUACGCCUCAUCCCUACAUCACCUCCUAUCCAGGUUAUUUUUCCAGUGCACAUGUCCCCAAAAUUUCUUGUCUUGGCAUCUAACAUGUAAACUGUAUAAAUUUUGUUCAAAUAUAUAUUAUAUUCUUAUAAACAAUUUUUAUAUCACCUUCACUGUUGUUCUAUUUACCACCGCAUUCCUAUUUGGUCGAACAGCCGGACUUCUCAGUUCGCUUACUUAAUCAUAGUGAACAGGUAAAACCUCGACUUAGCGAACAUCGUUGAAUGCAUAAAGACUGAAAUGGGUAUUAUAUGGCAACACUAGUCAAUAAAAUAUAUACAUCUAUUUUUGAACUAUAGAUAUAGGAUGAUGGUAAUUGAGAAAUGUGUGCUCGGGUUUGAUCUAUACAAACGACUGUUUGUUUCAGCUACCGUCUGCAAGAAUCUUGUUCUAGUACUUACUUACUUACGCCUGUUACCCCUAAUGGAACAUAGGCUACCGACCAGGAUUCUCUAACUAACUCUCUUCCCGACUACUAUUCAUUCUUUUGCUGCCUGCCUUCUAUGCUUUGGUCUUCCUUUUUUCCCUUCGCUUUGAGAAUUCCAGGUUAGUGCUUGCCUUGUGUUGCAGUUUGAUUUCCGUAAUGUAUGUCCUAUUUACCUCCAGCGUCGUCCUAAUUUCCUCUUCAACUGUAAUCCUGUUUGUUCUCUGUCACAGUAGGUUGUUGCUGAUGGUGUCUGACCAACGAACCUGCAUUGUUUUGCGUAGGCAGUUUAUAAAUGCUUGUGCUUUCUUGAUGAUGAUUGUAGUUCUCCAAGCUUCAGCUCCGUACAAUAGAACUGUGUAGAAAUUCGUAUUGAAGACUCUAACACUGAUUUUGGCUGACAGCUGUUUUGAGUUCCAGAUAUUCUUUAGUUGUAAGAAUUCUGUCCUUGUGCCGGUCCGUGCAUUCACAUCUGCAUCAGAUCCAUUUUGUUUAUCAAUGUUAUUGUCUAGGUACUUAGGACUUUCCACCUCAUUCAGAGCUUCCUCACCAAAUGUGAUUGGGUUGGUGUUCUCCGUGUUGUAUUUGAGGAUCUUGCUUUUUCUUUUGUGUAUGUUGAAGGCUACUGCUGCUACACUGGAUGUCACCGCCUGGAUUUAUUGGUGUGUAUGAGAUAGAAGAGCUAGGUAAUCUGAGAAGUCCAAACCGUUCAGUUGUAUGCAAGCUGUCAAAUGUAUUCCAUGCUUCUCCUGAGAUGUAGAGGUCUUCAGUCAACCACCAGAAGAAAGAGGAAGGGUAAACAGCCUUGUCCGACACCGGUCCUCACUUGUGAUGCAGCUGUCCUUUAUGCACGACUUUGCAUUGUAGUCCGUCGAAUGAGUUUCGUCGGAUAUUGACGAUCUCAGGUACACCAUAGUGUCGAAGUCGCCAUGAAGUCCUGUCCACGCUGUCAAAUGCUUUCUCAUAGUCAAGGAGGUUGAUGUAUAGUGACGACUUCCAUUCAAUUGAUUGUUCAACAGUGAUUCGUAGUGUGACAAUUUGAUCUGUGCACGGCCUGUUGAUCUCGAAGUUAGACGUCUACUGCGUCUUUCAUCCGAUCUAGCAACACUCUGUUGAAAACUUCUGGUACUGACAGUAGUGUGAUACCUCUGCAAUUCUCACAUUUGUUCAGAUAUCCUUUAUUUGGUAUCUUGAUGAGGUAUCCUUCUUUCCAGUCUGUCGGCGAUUAACCUCCCUCGCAAAGCCUUCUGAAGAGAAUUUGGAGUGUCUUUGCAGUUAUCUCUAUGUCCGACUUAAAUGCUUCAGCUGGUAUAUUGUCUGGUCCCACUGCUUCCCCACCCUUGAUUUUCCUGAUGGCCAUCCUGAUUUCUUACAUCGUUGGUGGAGUGACACCCAUAAGAAUGUCUAAGUGUGUUGCUUCGGUUUGUAGUGGGUCCAGUAGGGCUGGUCUGUCCAAUAGUUUCUUCAACGUUUUCCACCUACCUGUUCCGCUGUUCUUGAAUUUCACUGACUGUCUUGCCAUCUCUGUCCUUGAUCGGUCUCUCUGGUCUACCAUAUUUCCCUGCUAGCUUCUUCAUUGUUUCAAAUUUCCUUUUCUUGCAGCUUUUCUCGCUGUCGUUGCUAGGUCUUCCAUAUAUUUUUUCUUGUCAGCUAUAAUGCUCCUCUUCACUUGCUCGUUUGCUUCUGUGCAUUCAACUUGUGCCUUGACAUUCUCUGUUCUUGUUCGACUGUUAAUUGCUGUUUUCUUGUUCUUCCUUCCCUGGAUCUCGUCCAGGGUUUCCAUAGAGAUCCAUUCUUCAUCAUGAUGCUUCUUGCGACCCAGAACCUCCUCACACGUUGAAGUUAGUACUUCUUUGAUCCCUUCCCAGUUCUCCAUAGUAACGUCUUUCAGUAAAUCUUGUAAGGCUUGGGACCUGUUGUUGAGAGCUAUCUUGAAUUCGUUUAGUUUGUCAGUAUCUCGAAGGAAAGCUGUACUAAAGCUUUUUAAUGCUGUUUCUCCAGUUGUCCAGUGCUUCCUCAGCUUCAGUUUCAUCUUGGUCACUACCAACUGGUGGUCUGACUAUAUCAGCUCCUCUCUUUGUUCUCACAUCCUUUCUUAUAGUAGCUGCAUAAGUGCUGGUGGGGGUGCGAGUGAUGGGGUCAAUGCACGAAUAGUGAAAGCCAGAGCGGCUUAUGCCAAUCUGGACCACCUUUGGCGCCUUCAUGAUGUUAGUCUGGUUGUAAAAGGUCGGACCUACAACGCGUCGGUGAGAGCAGUUUUGCUCUAUGCUUGUGAAACCUGGCCUCUCCGAGUUGAGGACGUUAGGAGACUCUCUGUGUUCGAUCAUCCCUGUCUCCGAAGGAUUGCUGACAUCCAGUGGCAACACCAUGUCAGUAAUGCAGAGGUUCGGCAUCGUGUGUUCGGGCACAGAGAUGAUAAUGCAAUCGAUGUCACCAUCUUGAAACACCGACUUCGGUGGCUUGGACGUGUUCUACGAAUGUCGUCCCAGAGAAUUCCACGUCGUGCAUUAUUUGCCGACGCUGGGACUGGUUGGAAAAAGCGGAGAGGUGGUCAUUGUAUGACAUGGUGUCGUAGUAUAAAAGAAAGUUGCAAAGGACUGGCUUCUGUCGGUCCUUCACGACUUCCUGGUUGGGGUCCGAGAGAUGGUGCUACACAGUGGCUAGAGACGUUAUUAGAUAUGGCCCAGAAUAGAAGCCUGUGGCUAUCCUGCUGUAACCUUCUUUUACUUUCUUCAUAGAGUGGUUGUGUCUUCCUUAACUGAAAGAUUUCUUCUGAUUGUACCUUUCCGUUCCCUCAUUAUUAUUAUUACUACACUACCUUACACCAACCCCUUCGUUAUUGUUCUCUUUUUUUUACGCUCCUUACCUUUUUUUCUUUCUCUUCGAUUUCUCAUUGUUUUGUGUGGCGCAUAUAUAUUUGGCGCUCUCUUGUACCAAUAUUUAUGUGUUCAAAUAAAUAAAUAUAGCGUCUCAUGAUACCUUUA